AUGAAAUGCAACCCCAGCACGCUCAACACCACCGUCGGCCGGUUCCCCAUCACGGAGGCCAACACGACCGUCUUCGAGAUCGCACGGCUCACAAACCGCGGCGUGUGCGACAUUGGCCGCGGCAACCUGAUGGCCGACGUGACCAUCAUCCCGAACGUGGGCCAGGACCUGAUCAUCCCCGCGGAGGUGUGCGAGCCGGACAACAGCUCGUGUCUGAUCCCAGACACGAACCGGACACGCACCUGCAUCGACGGCGGCCCCCGUCUGUACUAUACGGUCAACGGGGACACGUACGACGUGAUUGCUCGGCGGCUGAACAUCUCUACCGCCGCAUUGCUGGACGACAGCGCCUCGGCGAAGCGGAUCGGCAGCGACAUCAUCGCCACGACGGGCACGCAGCUGCUGGGCGUCGGCCAGUUCGUCAAGGUGCCCAGCUGCUCGCCGAGUCGGUGUGUGAUCGAGCCGUUUGACUUCAACGAGGGCGUGUAUCUGGAUCUGGCGCGCAAAUACGGCACCACCGUCGGCCAGAUCAUGAUGCUCUCCCCGACGUACAACUAUUCCACGGGGUACACGGCGGGCGUCAGUGGGCCGAGCAUCGACAUGGCCUAUAACUGUACGGAGCUGUCUAGCAAUAUCACUGUCUUGAGCUAG